AUGCCCUCCUCCUCCAAUUUCCGCCUGAUGGUUCUGCUGCACCCUCCUUCUCCGCUUCCCUCGUCGCGCUCUCUUGAAUAUGGCCGUCUUUCAUCCACGGUGCUGGACAAGGAAUUCAACGAAUACAUUCAUGACCUCGAAUAUGAUGCAAUACCUGAUAAGGCCUAUGUGCGCGUUUUGAGAACACAUGACAGCUGGUGUGAAGAGUGUCUUCAGGAUUUCAGUUUCCUAAUCAAGAAAGAUGGAAUGAAAGCGAUGCAGCAGGAGUUCCAGCGGAUGAUUAGCCUAGCCCUAGGUGAUGCCUUGGGUGCCAAGAAAAAGGACCUGAUGCCUCUGCUGGAUGUGGUCAGCAAAUCGUGUGGGGCAAGGCGCAAGCAAUGUACGCUAUGGAUGGCUGCUCUAUGUGCGGCUUUCAGUUGUGUGCAUGCUGGUGUGGAAAUCGCGAAUUACACCAAUAUCCGAACAGUGCGCAUUGUUAUGCUGAUGGCAAAACUUCUGCAUGAACUCGAGGCAUGUGAUGCAAUUUUCGUUUCACUGCCGGCCCUGACCAAGUGA